AUGGCGCCCACGAAAGCAAACGCCAAGACCUGCGCCACACAGGAGAAGAUGGCAAAGACGGAAAUCUGCAAGUUCAACAGCAUCGGCAAGUGCAAGCGUGGCGCACAAUGCAGCUUUGCCCAUGGCACAGACGAGCUUGUUCCCAAACCCGACUUGUUCAAGACCAUGCUUUGCAGGAAGUGGGCUAAGGGCUCCUGCAACUUCACCAACUGCACAUUUGCACACGGUGAAGAUGAGCUGCGCGAUGCCAAGCGGAUGGCAGGACUUCGCGGGGCUGAAGUGAACGAGAAGCUUCUUUCUCGUCAGGAGCUGAAAGUCGCCCUGGAGGAGUCCUGUGACACCUGUGUCUCUGAAGCAAGCACAGAUGAUGCCGGCACAGGCAGCAUGUCUGAGGAGCGCAUGGAGGACCACGCCUGGGGUUUGGAGCUCCUUCUCAGUGCACAAACGGCCGCCCUCAGCACAGCAACGCAGGAUGCCGAGGCGCGACCUGUCCUUGCCCUUUCAGGGGAUGCUGCCAGAAUUCCAAUGAAGGUCCUGCCAUUUGGGCAUGCCAAGUCUGGGAAGCCAGAGAUCGUUGCUGGCGGAUGCUGGAUUUCCAUCUGA